AUGCCAACCUACCUCAACACAUACAAACCACACAAAGUAAACGUGCCGCGUGACGUUCAUCUUCGUACCCAACCAGAAGAGUACGAUUUCAACUACUGCUUCGAAGUCAAGGAAUUACGCUCGGAUCGAGUCGAGCUUCGACCCUUUGUUCCAUCGUUGCAUGCUCAGCUGUUUUAUGAUGAGGUAUCGAAAUGUUCACCAGAUUUUACAGCUUGGUUGAUUGAUUGGAAUAGUCUAGAGGACGUUUUGGUAUGGGCAGAAACGACUAUUAGGUCCCAGCCUAGCGCUCUAGCAUAUGCUAUAUACACGGCUCCACCAGGUAGUGAUCAAGCUGUCGACCCUAAGGAUUAUGAGUUUGCAGGAAUGAUAUCGAUGAUCAACUCAGACGUAGCUCAUAUGACCUCUGAGCCUGGCUGGAUAUGUAUACUGGAGAAGUAUCAGCGCACUCACGUCCUCACCCAUGCCGCCGGAUUGGUCAUCCAUCGAAUCCUAGAUAUGCCCUCAGAAGGUGGAUUGGGCUUGAGGAGGUGUCAGUGGUUCACCACUACGCUGAAUGAAAAGAGUAAAGCCGCUGCAUUGAGGUUGGGCUUUCAAUUGGAUGGCGUGCUAAGAGCCCAUAGAGUACUACCCAAGGGUAAAAAAGGUGUUAGACCCGGUAGAAAAGGAGAUUAUCAAGAAGAUCAAAUGACUAGAGAUUCGUGGUUGGCUUGUAUAUCGUGGGAUCAGUGGGAAGACGGGGUUAGAGAACAUGUCGAUCAGCUCAUGGCUAGAAGGAAAUAG